AUGUACAACGAAGCUUUGAUAAUAAUUGAAGAUAUGUGUCUACGGAUUGCAAAUAAGACAUUAGUACAAUUGGGUAUGACCGCACAAAAUCGUGACAUGCAUGAUCUGUUUGAUCGUGAAUUGCAACGUGAGCAGGAACUCAAUUCUAAUGAUUUGCGUUUAUUUGUACAAUCGAAUAUAACCAAAAUGAAUAUUCAGCAAAAACAUGUCUAUGACACAAUCAUGCAAACCAUUUCCAAUAAUGCUGGUGGGUUAUAUUUCUUGGAUGCACCUGGUGGUACAGGCAAAACGUUCGUUAUAUCACUGAUUUUUGCCACGAUUCGAUCGGAACAGAAAAUUGCAUUGGCACUUGCAUCUUCGGGAAUUGCUGCUACAUUAUUAGAAGGUGGUCGGACAGCACACUCUGCAUUAGAAUUGCCAUUGAAUGUACAGGUGAUUGAAACUCCAGCUUGCAAUAUUUCAAGAAAUUCUGCUAUGGCAAAAGUUCUGCGAUUAACGUCAAUUAUUUUAUGGGAUGAGUGUACAAUGGCGAAUAAAAAAUUACUAGAAGCAUUUAAUCGAACAAUGCAAGAUUUACGUGGUAACCAACAGCUUUUUGGUGGUGCUUUGAUAUUACUGUUAGGGGAUUUUCGACAAACAUUGCCUGUCAUUCCUUGGUCAACUCCUGCUGAUGAAAUAAAUGCCUGUUUGAAGUCAUCAGUUCUUUGGAGAUAUGUACAAAAAUUGACACUGAACAUUAAUAUGCAUAUUCACCUACAAAAUGAUCCAGCUGCCCAUGAGUUUUCAAAACAAUUGUUACAAAUUGGUGAUGGCAAAAUACAAAUCGACAGAACCAACGGAUUGAUCACUGUACCGAACAAUUUUUGUACAAUUACGAAAUCGAUAGAUGAAUUGAUUGAAUGUGUUUUUCCAAAUAUUCUUCAGAAUUACAGAAACCAUGAUUGGUUGAGAGAACGCGCCAUUUUAGCACCGAAGAACAUUCAUAUCAAUGCCAUUAAUUUUCAAAUUCAAGAAAAACUCCCAGGCGUAGUCACGACAUAUAAAUCAAUUGACAGUUCUAUGAAUCAAGAUGAGGCAAUGAAUUAUCCAACUGUAUUUUUAAAUUCAUUAGAACCGGCUGUUAUGCCACCGCAUUGCUUGAAUCUGAAAGUGGGUUCUUUGAUUAUAUUAUUGCGAAAUAUUAAUCCACCAAAACUGUGUAAUGGCACCAGAUUGGCAGUGAUAAAUUUAUUGCCAAAUUUGAUUGAAGCUACGAUCUUAACUGGUAAAUCAAAAGGAGAAGUUUGUUUAAUACCGCGUAUCCCUAUGAUUCCAACUGAUAUGCCAUUUGAAUUCAAACGAUUACAAUAUCCUGUGCGUUUAUCAUUUGCGAUGUCCGUCAACAAAGCUCAAGGGCAAACACUUAACGUUUGUGGUGUGAAUUUGGAGGAAUCAUGUUUUUCACAUGGCCAACUUUAUGUUGAUGGUCCAAAGUCGGUACCCCCAGCCGUUUGUUUAUUCCUGCUCAAAAUGGAAAAAUAA